CGUUCACCAGCGGGCACCUGCACUCUAAGAUAUGCACCUACCCGCUAAUUUACCUGAUGUUAAGGUGUGAUGGCAGGAGCGCCGCUUAUUGAUAGCCGUUGAACCUUGUCUAGAUUCUGGAACAUUUCGGACAUCGUCUCUUUAAGACUAACUUAAAACUUACAUACCUCCUUCUAUACAUACACAUUUACCCCAUAUAUAUAUGUAAAUUUUAAAAGGAACCCACGACAUCUCAAAACAAAUGUACGCAUGACGGGAAGUCGUCAUGUGUUCGCAGCAAGUAUGCAUUGGCUAAUUCCAGUGUUUCGGAGCUUCUGAAUGACCUAAUUACUGUCCUCUCUGAUUGGAAGCAACGUGCCUAAGUCAGAUCUCGUCGCGGGCGAUUCGGAGUUAUUGGCCGCCUUCUCGCAUACCCCAGAUAAACCUCCCCAGCUAAAUGGCUUCUCCAGGCGCGACCGCCGUCCCGGCACCUACGCCCCUUGAUAAUUCAAGCAUCUGGCAUAAUUUUACUUCUUGGACGGCCCAGCACCUCAGGUAUUCCGUCAAUAACGUAACCAGAUUCGCACCGUCGCUUGAGGACCUGAUUCUUGCUGGGCCUAGGAUGUUAACCAAGCUUGGCAUUAUAUCCUUUCCCGAUGCCGUGGAUGGCUUUGGGCAACGAGUGAUAGCCGACCCAACGACAUCCGACUUUUUUCUUUCGACGACUGCCGCCGCCCAUAUGCUUACCCAAGCUUCCGAAGCUGCCGCCAAUGUAGCAGAAGUAUUAGAAAAUGAAGAUCAGGAUCCCGCUGUAUUGGUCUCCAAGUUCUCGGCCGAUGGAACCAAGGGUUUAGGUAGCGUCUUUAGCUAUGCUACAAGCAAGUGGGCGCUCUGCUGUAUUGCGAUGGCUAUCAUAUUGAACCGUACACAUAUAUUUGCAGCUUCGCGAAGAAGGUUGUAUCUGACAUGGCCCGUUCGGCUCUUUCUCCGCUUCCUACCUAUCAUUCUCUUCACAUACCAAGCUCGGCAACUCCUACAGUCCAUCCAGUGCCAAACUUCGCCCGAUUUCGCCGAGAUGCGCUGGGGUAACGCCAGCAAAACAUCAGACCUCAUGUUCGCACAACCCUCUACAUAUUUGCAUGGGCUCAGUACAGUCUUCCUUUUGGGCGCCACCGAUUAUGACAGCUGUCGUGCUGUUGAGAUGGUCCCUCCAAGCAACCACGAUUAUUCAAAUGAGUUACAUGGCUCCUUGUCUCUACUGUGGCCCCUUUUCGGGACUCUAUGCCUAAGUCAUUUCCUGGAGACCAUUUCAUGCGCAGUGCAAGGACGUCAAGUGGCUGUCGAGACCGGCAUGACCCUUUUCGAGCACUCCCUGGCCUUUGCCGAGGCCGACGCCGCUAUUAGCAACCAACUCGGCUGGGGUUUAUUUUCGAGUGGUAGUAGUUCCAAUGUGACGUUCCAACAGGCUUCAGGGGCCAGCAUCGCCGUCUCCAGAUCCAUGAUAAUGAAAAGGGUCAAUACACCCCCCGAAGUCCUUCUAGUGGCUUUCCUCUCUGCCAUGAGCCAUAUUACUAGCCACGUCUUAGGUGUCUUUAAUUUACAGAGCCGGUACCGAUUAGUUAGUACCGGGUUUUGGGCCAUCUGCUUUAUGGGAAGCAUCGUGAUAGAAGCUUUAGAUUUCUCCGUCGACAGUCCGUCAACCAUGGGUCUUUUUAGGUUUCCUACCGUCUGUAUUAUAGGUUUUAUCCCCCAUCUUCUGGUAUUCAUGGGCACGCUCGCGUGCCUUGCCAUAUAUGCUAUUGCUUUGGUCCUUUCGGCGAUGCAGCCCCCGGAUCGGUGGAACGUCAAUGGACGGGUCUUGUCGUUCCGAGAACGAUUGGCGCUCGCGCAUGAGAAUAUGCAAGCGAAUAUUUCGCUCUCCGAUAUCCGGAUUUCACGAGAAAUGGACUUCUAUACGGCACUGCUUCGGACAGGUUUUAGUGUCAUCACGAUGGCGAGUGAAGCCGUCUAUCUAAACGAAGAUCGGAGCAUCAACUUGAAAAACCGUACAUGGCUUGAAGAAGAAAGGCUAAGGGAGCUCGAGUCUAUACGCAUUCAGUGGGCAGGAUCAGGUUUGGGUGCUUCCCGAUACGAUUCCGUCGGAGCUAUCGGAUUGGUGCCAAUCAAGGACGGGCAGCUUGGAGCGUCAAGUGGAUAUGCGCGAGAACGAGCAGCUCAGACUAUCCCCAAAACGCGUAUCGGAGAAAAGCGUGCUAGGGAUGGAGUUGGGGCCACUGAGCGUAGUUCGCGUUGGCUUCUAGCCUUGGAAUUCAUCAUGAACAUCAACAGGCUUCUGCUGCGAUGGGGCGCGGUGCUUCUUCUGAAGGCGCUAACGCGUCUCGGGAUCACAACCCGGCCUCGUAUCCUAGUCUGGCUUGCUCGCUGGCCGAAACAGGAUAAUAAAGACGAGAGAAGACCCCCCGCAGAAGCACAUUCAUUGCUGCUGGGUCGAAAUAGGAGGAGCAAUAGGCUCUAUAAUGACGAGACUGCUGACGUGGAGGCCGAAGUACGAAGACGUCUCAGGAUGGCCCCCGAGACAGCUAAUAUGCCGGAUGAAGAACUAGACAAAAGAUUAUACAAUGCGUGGAAGCACGGUGACUUAUGGGGGUCCGUGGAUACGAGCGGCGAUUUUGAGCCGGAUGAAAACGGCAGUGAUUGGGAUACGACGAGCAUGAUAUAUAGUGUCGCUGGCGAUGAAGAUCAGCAGAGCCAGUGGGUUGAUGAGGAUGAAUUCGAGGAAAACGACGGCCAGAGGACGCCCACACAAGCAUCUCAGCGCUUCUCGCUUUCCCGGGAGACAACUCCUUUUGACCAGCCCUUAGCCAUAGGUGAUCUUGCUAGGCUGCUUCAUCCUAGAAGCCCAGAGGAGCGUCGCGAAGCCCAUGCCCUCGCCGCCCACCUAAGUAGCGAUCAGAUUAUCACGCGCUCUAAGUACGCACGCAUGCAGCAAAACCAGCGGGGGCGCCUCUUCUUCCCACAGCGGCCUAGUAAAGGCAAGCUCUCGGACGAGGAGGAGGCCGAGCUCCUCGAGGACCUGAUCAUUACGAGGCGGACCGAAGCCGCGCGUGAAAGUGAACUACAAGAUGGCAACAACAGUGACGACGACAGGGGCGGGCCUCAGUGUGUCGUAUGCCACUCAGCCCCCCGCAAAAUCAUUGUAUGGCCAUGUCGCUGUCUCAGCCUCUGUGACGAGUGCCGUGUUACCUUGGCAAUGAACAACUUCGACAAGUGUGUCUGCUGCCGCAGGGAAGUCGUCAGCUUUAGCCGCAUAUACGUACCCUGACGACCGAGCUGCGAUACGUGCUAGCGGGCUCUUUGUCUGUAAUACCCCAUCGGUUCUCGACCCACUCGUACGACACGAAAGUCCUUCUGCAUUCGUCGUUUAGCAAUCAGCAUCAUUCCGCAUUGUCCUCUGUGAGAGAUUACCCGAGUUUAAAAAUCGCACGGCGACUCAUUAGAACCUGCGUCGAGGUGAACUUGACCUUUGAAACCUUUCUGUAGAAUCAGUUCCCUAUGAUUAGUUCUAAGAUGUCGGAUUGGAAUAGCGAUACGGAUGAGGAACAUGAUGGAGAUGAAUAUGAAGCGAUGAGGGCAAUCAUGUUGUAGCGAGAGGGG